AUGGUGUACCACUCAUCGUACACGCAUUUGGAGGGAGUGGAGUUUGCAUGCGGCUGCCCCUUGCUGCCGCUCAAAGCCACCGCCAGAGGACCCACUCACAACGCCUCCACUGAGGAGUCAGACAUAGUGGACGAGGCGAUCACGCUCUUCAGAGCCAACGUGCUGUUCCGCCGCUUUGACAUCCGCGGCCCCGCGGACAAGCUCCUAGUCUACCUCACGCUUUACAUCAACAUGGCUCUCAAGCGCAUCGACUCCUGCCCCUCCGAGGCCGAGGGCAUCCGACUGCUGAUUAACCUGGGAUUGGAGCCCUUUCCUAUUCCGGGAGACCCGGGAUUCCCGCUUGCUGGAUUAGACACUGCGGAUGUACUUGCACCUUCUCACUCCCCCCAUCUCCCUUUCCUCCCCCUCCCACUCCCUUCCCCCUUAAUCUCCCCCUCCCUUUUCUCCUCCCCCUCCCCCUCCCCCUCCCCCUACCCCUCCCCCUCCCCCUCCCCCUCCCCCUUACCCUCCCCCCAACCACUCCCCUCCCUCCUCUCCGCAACGGAGACACUGCGGACGUAUUUGCAGAGUGAGGGAGGAGACGAGCAACCGGCUGCUUUUUCAGUCGACUCUAAAGUCACCUCGGCUCGGCUCCCCUCCCCCCAACCUCUCUCUUCUCCCUCUGUCCUCGCAACAGAGACGCUGCGGACUUAUUUGCAGAGUGUGAGGGAGGAGACGAGCAACCGGCUACUGCAGCUGGUGUAUCUGCCGGAUGGCUCGCCCAACAAGUGGUGGCUCUCCUUCAGCAAACGCAAGUUCAUGAACGUUGCCAUGCCCUUGUGA